AUGAUUAGUGCAAAAAGUUGCUUUUACUUAAGUAUAUUGUUUCACUUCGGACUACAGGUUUGUUUUGAAGAAAGUAGAGAUUUUUUAUUAAAAGCAGUGCGAAAUAGAGGUUUGUGGGCAAAUAAUAUCACAUCGGGUCCCUGUAAUAAAAAUGGAACUAUUGUAACAACAAAUUGUGUAGAUGCCGAAUGGAACUCUUCCGCUUCCGAAUCACAACCAUGUUUACAAAUAUUACAACAAUAUGACCUCUCAGCCUGUCCACCUGGUUUUGAAAAAAUAUCAAAAAGCAAUAAUGAUUAUUGCUAUCAAAUUAAAGGUCCAUCUGCCUGGGACUAUCCUUGCUUAAAGAGUGGUGGCGCUUCUGUAAUAACGGAUUUAAGUAAUGAAGAUGCUGAUUCGUUAUUGAGUUCUGUGCGUAGCAAGAACAUAUCACGUUUUUUCUGGUUACCGGCUAAGCGGGCUAAAUUCUUAAGGCAAGUACAGUGGUAUAUUCCAGGCCCAAAAUGGGGUCAUUUCCUUGAAAGUAAUAAUAUUUUAAAAAUUCAGACAUCCAUCUUAAAGAAUUGUUUGCUACUAGAUAUUGAACAAAGAAUUUUAAUAACAGAAACAUGUACAGAAGCAUAUCCUAAUUUAUGCUUUUAUAUCAACGACUUGAAUUAUCCAGCAAAAUGUCCAGAUAGAUAUCAUUCAGUUCGUUACAUGCCUGAUGAUGGGAUCUGCCUUGGAAUCGAACAUUCUCCUACGAAUUUAUCUUACAAUUCGUUUAUUGACAGAAAUAUUUGUAAAACACCAAUGGGAAAUAAUAAAAGUAACGAUUUGACAAGAUUUAUUUUUAAAAAGAUAGCCUAUUUAAAUAAUUUACCAGAUAAUAUAUGGUGUUGGUUUGGAUCUUCUCACGUUGAUAGCGAAGUUACUACUAAUAAUACAAAUACCAGUAUGUUUAAAUAUGUUAAUGAUCCUGAAAUAUAUGUAUCUAUAAAUAAUAUUGGAACACUUAGCUUAACUACUUCUGAUUCAAUGUUACUCUCGUGUAUGGCAUGUCAAACUGAAGUGAUUUAUGAAGAGACUCAAUUAAUUUUUGAAUACAGUGAACAAGAAAAUGUAAUGUAUCUCACUAUAUAUUCUCCUUCAGGCCUUUGGAAAUAUAAUGAAAAUGACCCGGGCAUACAAUGUUUUUCUGAUGCUAAAGGAUUUGUUAGAGUAAUUGAUAUUAAUGAACUACCUUUAUAUAGAAUUGAUAAUGUUCAAUGUGAAUCUAGUUCUGAAUUAGAAAAUUUAGAUAAAAUUGUAUAUGCCAUAAAUCUCAUUACUGACAGAGCAGCUCAAUACUGGUGUGAAGGACACACAAAAGAUUUUUCUCUAAUAAAAACUGAAAAAAUCGUUGUAAACCCACAAGGUAACAAUGUGCAUGUAUUUUCAUUAGUUAUUAAAGUGUAUAUUUCCACUGAAGAUAUACAAAAUAUGCUAGAAACAAUCAAGGCCGAAUUAAGUUUAAAUAUAACAAAUAUAUUCAAAGCUAACAAAGUUCUUUUAAUGGAAUAUCUUGAAUAUUCUUCAGAUUAUUUAAUGGUUUUAUUACAUAUGGACAUAGCUAUAGAUGAUAUUUACCCCGAUCACGCAAGCAACAUUCAACAUACUUAUAACACUAUAUCGGACAUAGCAAAAACUGAACUACCUAAAUAUAACUAUAUUCUAAUUAAUAUAUCAAGUUCCAUGUACUGUCUACCUGCAACGUCAUUUGAUAAAUUUAUGACCCUUGACUGGGAGAUGACCUCUAUUGGACAUAUUGCUGCCCCAAAACAGUUUUGCUUACAAGAAAAUGGAUUACCAGUAAGAAGACAAUGCGCUGGCUCUUACUUAUUGGGAAGUUAUUGGGGAAGUGUAAAAGGAACCUGUGAUAAAAAUUAUAAGCCUAGCCACACGACCACAUUUUUAUAUAACUUUGUAAAAGGUCAGGUACCUGAUAAAAAUGCUACUCGUUUUCUCACAGAUGGACUCGGUUUUGUAUUAGCUGAUAUUGACAUUAUAAUUCCUGCAGAUAUAUAUUAUUUAUCUAUAUCACUACAACAUUUUUUAAAUAUAGCACAAGAAAAUGAAACUUCUAUGGAUAUGGGAAGUAUAGAACAUAUAGCAUGGGUCAUGGAUAGAGUUACUGUACUUGAUAAUCGUUACUUACAAUUAGCUCAAACACUUAAUUCAACUAAUAUUAUUUUAGAUUCUGUUAAUCGCAUUAUUGACAUGUUAGCUCAUAACAAUAUUCAACCUGAAGAAAAUCUAAGAAUGACAGGCAAGUAUUCACCAGAUUAUCAACUUGCGAUUCAACCACAAUUUAUUAUACAAAUUUCUUAUCCUUCAAAAAACAAUAUUAGUGGCCUAGCAGUCAUAAAAAAUUCUUCAAAUAAUAAUAAUUUUUUGGAUAUUGUAAUAAAACCUUUAUUCAAAAAUACAACUUUAGAAGAAGUUUUAUCCAUUGAUAAUUUAGAAAUUGCUACUUGGUUACCUAAUAAAGUUCUCGAUUCAUUGAAAAGGAUUGGAAAUGAAAGCAACGAUGAAAAUAUACAUAAUCAAGAUAUACACAUCAUUAUGAGCGUUUUCCAUAACGAUGCAAUAUUUCAAGAAGUUAAUAUAAAUAAAUAUAAAGUAAAUAGUCGCAUUAUCGGCGUUUCAAUACCAGGUUAUACAUCAAACUUCGAAAAACCUAUGCCGUUAGUAUAUAAAAAUUUAAACCCUCCUCUUUAUGAAAAAGUUUGUGGGUAUUGGGAUUUUCAAAUGAAUGAAUUAACUAAUAUUCCAGGAUUUUGGUCAAAUAGCGGCUGCUACCUCAAAAAAUCUAAUAAUGAUUUAGCUGUGUGUGAAUGUUAUCAUCUGACACAUUUUGGUCAACUGAUAGAUCUAGAAAGAAAUAAAAACUCUAGUACAAAUCAUGAUAUGGAAAAACAUAAUAGGUCACUUAAUAUAAUUUCUUUAGUGGUUGCGGUUCGGAUAGUAUCAGGUAUGUUACGAGAUUUUGCUACUUGUCAUGAUGACUUUGGUUUAAAACCACCAGAUGGAGUUCUGAAGGAGCAUACUUUCACGUGGCUUGGAUUUGCUCAAUAUUCUCACGUGUCAACAGGUCUACCUCAUCAUAGUAAGGCACCGCGUGUUGUACUGAUUCACAAGCAGUUUGCUGUUGGAACCGCUACAGACAUGCUACGCUUGCCUAAAAAUUAUAAACUGGGCAAUAUUAUAUUUGGCGAUUAUGCACGUGACGAAGAGGACUGCGGUCUAACUCGUUCACAAGCCAAAAUGGGUGUUAAGUGUCCUCGCGCUUAUAUAGAAAUUCCACUUUUGGACAUCACGCCUCACCCUGAAUAUUCUAGAUUCGGUGUAGGAAAUAGUUUGGCGCUUAUAAAACUCCUUCGUCCAGUUAAAUCUCAUUAUAUGAUACCUAUUUGUUUACCUUCCUUGAGCGAACGUGAAAAUAAACGGAAAAAUAAAUAUGUUUUCAUGGUUGAUUAUUUAAGCUCGGUUCCAAGAGACUUCGACUCAGAGAAAAUGGCUAAAAAGUCGUUAAAAAUGUACACUCACAAGGACUGCAGGAGACAUCGAAUGUUAUCAGUAUGCACCCGGCUAGGAAGUGAGGGAGUUACUCAUGUACUUUGCAGCUCUGGAUGUGGCAUCCGACCUGGUGCACCACUUAUUAGCCAUGCUCGAGAAGGAACGUUUCAACUGAUGGGUAUCGCAGUUGGUGGCGCUCCUUGCUCACGUCGCUCUAUGCGUCGACGACUUAACAGAGAGCCUCCACUCUAUAUAGAUGUAUACCCCUAUGUGACAUGGAUCAUGAAUUACAUUACCGCUCAUGUGCUUCCUCGGCCUUAUCCUGAAAGCUACAUGUUAAUGGAGGGUGGUUCAAGUAUGGGUAUAAACCGGGAAUUUUUAAGAGCACGACGAAAACAAAAGUUUGGCUGGCGAGCUCGUACAUAUGUUACUGGUAACUAUUGCUUUAAGAGCUUGAAAAAACAGAGGGCCGCGGCGUUUUUUUAUUCCGAAAGAUUUGAAGUUAAUGCCGAUCCGCCCGCUAAACUCAAUAUAAUAAUGAAGAUAUCAGCGGGUAUAGAAUGCACCAUUGUGUGUGCUAAAAUGCUUCUUCCAAAUCGGCUGUCCGUGCCUGUCAUUGAGGGAGUUGGCGGAUACAAUAUUACUAUAACUUUGAAUACCAUGUGGUUCCCGUAUACGUUCUACUUUGCGUUAGGGCUUAAUGGUAAAAAUACCACAGCAAAAGAUUUCAACAAGUGGAUUGUCGAAAGAUCUCCUGGUUUUUGG